AUGGCCAUCCGGGAUCACUUCCGUCGCCGCAAGUCCAUUUGCGAGCCCAGCCAGGGCGAGCCGGACGGUUCCGAACCACCAAAAUCACCCGCCCUCCGCCUGGCCAAGACAUUCGGCUGGCGCUCAACGAAGGAGGAGAAGCCCAAGAAGAAGCCUAUGAAGGAUGAGAAGAGCGACCCGCGCGAGCGGCCCUUCAACGAGACCAACAUCAGACACCAGGAGAUCCUCAAUGGCUUCACCAUGACUUUCGGCAAGGGCCAGCGGCAGAUGAGCCGCGACCAUCACACGAGUUACAGCAGCAUCAACGUUAGCCCCGGCACGUCACGACACAACAGCGUGGAUGUGGACGAUAGCCCGCUCCGGAUGAACCCCUCACCUCGCCGACGGCAGUUCCGGUCCGUGCCGGAAGAGGAUGAGAGAUCCUGA